AUGACUGAUUUUUCUGUCUUGGUUUGGGCCGUCCGCAUAUACUACAGAUUCGACAAAAAGCAAGUCGGUAUCGACGACUGGCUUGUUACCUUUGCGACCAUGUUUUCCGUCGGCUUGGUCGUGCCAAAUUAUUACUUCUUUAGAUAUGGCUACACAGGCUUUCCCACCGACGAUAUCUCCGACAACUUGGACAUGGAACCUGUUCUACUUUACAACUGGACAAUGCAAGUCUUGUAUAAUCCAAUACUGGCAUUAGUGAAAUCAUCCCUCCUCUUCUUCUUACUUCGACUCGGCGGGCAUCGAUGCAUUAUCAAGUGGUCCAUAUACAUCCUGAAUACCUUCAACAUCGCUCUCAUGAUUGCGAUUUUCCUAACAGUUAUUCUGCAAACUAUCCCCAUUAAUGCUUUCUGGGAUCAGUCGGUGACACCACGGCAUCAGAUCGACCGGCCUGUCUUUUAUAUCUCCACAGCAAUCAUCACCAUCGUGACGGACGUCCUUGUACUUCUGAUACCGUUUUGGGUGUUUGUCGGGCUAAAGAUGAGACUCGCUGCUAAGCUGGGACUCAUAGUGGUGUUUCUUGCGGGCGGAGUAGUGACCAUUGUUGGAAUCUUUCGCAUGAUAGAAUUGCAAAAGAUAUUUUACCACCCUGGAUACGACUCAGGGGAAUCCCUGGCGGAUACCUUGGAUAGUGUUGAGGUUAAUCUGGCCAUCAUCGCCUGCUGUGGGCCAGCUUUGCGUCCAUUGUUUCGCAAGAUGUUUCCUCGACUACUCUCAAGUCGAAGUACUAAAGAAGCCGGGAAAUAUCUCAAAUCAAGUAAAUGUGGGAAUGCCACGGGUAUCGGAGGGACGAUUUACCUCAAGGAUAUGCACCGAAGUAACGUGCAGACAGAGAUACACAGUUACUCACCCGAUGGGAGCCAGAAAGAUAUCAUGAGGUAUACGGGAAUUCUCAGAACCACGUCAUUUGGCGUGCAAUAUGACGAUGCGGUUUCACCAGAGAGAGAAGCGCAGAAACACGACAGGAGAGUGGGAUAG